AUGAUGGUGAAGUCAUAUCAUCGCUCCUAUGGUCUGCCUGUGCUGGUGACCCGUGGAAACAAUGUCUAUGGCCCGCGCCAGUACCCAGAGAAGCUCAUUCCGAAGAUGAUCAUGAUGUUGCAGAGGAACAAGAAGCUCACCGUGCACGGCGACGGCGUCAGCAAGCGAUCGUACCUGCACGUGAAGGAUGUGGCGGCCGCCUUUGACAUUGUGCUGCACAAAGGUGUCACAGGCAGCACGUACAACAUUGGCACAGCUGAAGAACACUCCGUGAUUGAUAUCGUGAAGCAGAUUAUCCGCAUGAUGAAGCCAGACGUGGAGCCGGAGAAGAUGAUUGAGCACGUGCGAAACCGGCCGUUCAACGACAUGCGCUACUUUUUGGACCUCCGUCAGCUUGAAAGUCUGGGCUGGAAGGAGACGAUCAAGUUCGACGAGGGGCUCAAGCAAACCGUGGACUGGUUUAGCGUGCAUGGCGCCAGCUUCUGGGAUUGCUGCGAUUUGGAUUCAGUGCUGGUAGCGCACCCCGUGCCGCUGGUGGUGCCUGCGCUGGUGGACUCUCAGGCCAGCAGUGGCCAACCACCGGCUAAGAAGGCGAAGAAGGUGAAGUUCUUGGUCUUUGGCAAGACUGGGUGGAUUGGCGGAAUGAUCGGCAAUUUGCUCACGCAGAAGGGCUUCGCUUGGGAGUGGGCGAAUUCCCGACUCCAAGAUCGAGAGUCGGUGGAACGCGAGUUGCUCCACAGCGGCUGCACUCACGUGAUGAAUGCGGCAGGUGUGACUGGGCGACCCAAUGUGGACUGGUGUGAGACGCAUCGGCAGGAGACAAUUCGCGUAAAUGUCAUCGGUACCUUGACCCUGGCUGACCUUUGCGCCAUGCACGGUAUCCACAUGACCAACUUUGCCACAGGAUGCAUUUUCCACUAUGACCAGAGCAAGCCAGAGAAGGUGGAGCGAGACGCCUCCUUGGUGGCCAAGGAUGCGUCCAAGACCUUUAGUGAAGAGGACCAUCCGAAUUUCACCGGCUCGUUCUAUUCAGAGACCAAGGGCUAUGUCGAGAACAUGCUUCGGGAAUUUGAGCAUGUCUUGACGCUGCGUGUUCGCAUGCCCAUCGAUGGAGACGUGCUUUGCAACAAGAGGAACUUUAUCUACAAGAUCUCUCACUACAACAAGGUGGUUAACAUCCCCAACAGCAUGACCGUGCUGCCGGAGCUCUUGCCCUAUGCUGUUGAGAUGGCCCUGCGCAGAUUAACUGGGAUCUACAACUUCUGCAACCCGGGCGCGAUCAGCCACAAUCAAGUCUUGGAGCUCUACAGGGACUACAUCGAUCCAGACUUCAAGUGGGCGAACUUCACCAUCGAGGAGCAGGCCAAAGUCAUCACGGCGGCACGCUCCAACAAUGAGUUGAGCCCACACAAGAUGUGGAAGGACCUUUUCUUUUUGCGUGAGCCGAGCCGAGGUUUUGCAGGUUUAGAGAGCUGUGACCAGUGA